GCUGCUUGUGUCGGGUCUGUACCUCCACAGCUCUGCAGCAGCCUCCCUCCGCUGAGGCCACCAGGCCAGUUAACCAUGAGAUAAUUGAUGCCUCUCUCCUAUUGUUGUGCGGGCCUCGCCCACUGGCCUCAGAGUGUGGGAAAGCUAAUCCUGCCUGGGACUCAUGGCUUUGUAAUGCUAAUGUGGGCCUAUAAAUAGAGGAGAGGGCUCCCCAGUCACAUCACAACUCACUCUGCUCUCCACCAGGAUGGCUCCAACCAACACCAGAGACUCUCCCAUCUCAGUGCUCUCUACCAAAGACAGACACAAACUGAGGAAACCAGCUGUGGAGAAGAUGCGCAGAGAUCGCAUCAACAGCUGCAUCGAGCAGCUCAAGGUCCUGCUGGAGAAGGAGUUCCACAAACAGGAUCCCAACGCCAAGCUGGAGAAGGCCGACGUGCUGGAGAUGACGGUGGUGUUCCUCAAGCAGCAGCUGCAGCCUCAGAGCCCCAGCGCUCACACGGCUCACAGCGACGGAUACUCCCACUGCUGGAAGGAGACGCUGCACUUCCUGUCCCAAAACUCCCUAAAGGAGGCGACGCUCCCACACCUCCAGCACCUCCACGCUGCCCACAGAGCCGACAAGGACGCCUGCCCCACGCCGGCCCUCUCCUCCCACAGCCACAUCCAGGCUGCAGGGAAACAGCCGCCCGGCCCUCACAGAGCCGUGUGGAGACCCUGGUAGAAGCUGCUCUGGAGCUCGGAGGGUGGAUGUUCUCCAUCAGGAGGAGACUGACCUCCAGAAGAUUUAUCUGACGGAUGUUUCGUUUUCAUAUGUCUAGAGAAAAAAAGUGACAUUUGUGUUUCUUCAGAUUGAAGAGUGUUUGCCUGUUGCUGAGGCAGACGGUUCAGGUUGUGCUCUGUUGAUGCACUUUUACUGUAAUUCCUCCUCCUGUUUGCAGCGAGGAGUGUGUGUGUGUGUGUGUGUGUGUGUGUGUGUGUAGAGACACUGUCAAAAGCUUUGCCUUAAACUUCAUUAUCAUUCUGAGUCUGUUAAUGGUGUUUUAGUAUGUUUAAUGCCUUUUGUAAAGGCUGUGUCGGAGCUCCAGAUGCUCCACAGGAGGCAUCACCGUGCUGUGAAAUGAUUCGUUGACACUGUGUGUUUGCAGACGACUUGUUAAAGUGAUUGAACGUGGAAACAAAAACACUUUUCCUGUGGAAAAGUAAAAAAAUCCUUUAGAAGUGAUUAUUUGUAGUCUCAAAAGAGAAAUCUCAAAAUAAAGAUUUUUGCAAAUGAUAUUUGUUUUUUCUGUAUUUUCUUGUCCAAAUGUUAUUUUCCUUCUGAUUUUUCAAUGACGGCAUCUUUAACAGUCCCAGAGGUAUAAAUGAUGAAUGUAGACAAGGCAGUGACCUGCACUGAGCAGCUGUCACAGUUAUCUCUAUAAAACAUGUGAAUCUGCUGCCGAGUGUGAUCAGAGAGAUAUUGAUCGGGCGUCUCUCAUUAAUCAGAUAACAGGAGCAGUUGUGUGUAAACCAUCUGAUCUCGUGGGUUUACGGCUUUCUC